UAGAUGGUGCUACUCGGAUUCUUUGUGUGAUGGCAAACAUAGUUGUGACGAGUGAGGUCAGGGUUGAAUGUUUGACAGAGAGCGAGCCCAAUAUGGAUGCCAUAUUCCACGAGAAACAAGAGGGCUCUCUUUGCGCCCAGCAUUGCCUCAACAACCUGCUGCAGGGCGAGUACUUCAGCCCUGUGGAUCUUUCCUCUAUUGCCCAUCAGCUGGACGAAGAGGAGAGGAUGAGGAUGGCAGAGGGAGGAAUGGGCAGCGAGGAGUAUAGGACCUUUUUGCAGCAACCUUCUGGAAACAUGGAUGACAGUGGGUUCUUUUCCAUACAAGUUAUUAGCAAUGCUCUGAGAGUUUGGGGAUUGGAGCUAAUCCUCUUCAACAGUCGGGAGUACCAGAGCCUGAUGAUAAAUCCAAUAAAUGAAAAAGCCUUUAUAUGCAAUUACAAGGAGCACUGGUUUACUAUUCGCAAACUUGGACAACAGUGGUUUAACUUGAAUUCACUUUUGACUGGACCAGAGUUGAUAUCAGACACAUAUUUAGCCCUUUUCCUCGCACAGUUACAGCAAGAAGGUUAUUCCAUAUUUGUGAUCCGUGGAAACCUUCCAGACUGUGAAGCAGAGCAGAUUCUUGGAAUCAUGAGAGUGCAGCAACAGCAGCGGCCAAGACUUAUUGGAGAGGACGAGGCUCAGACAAGUGCAGGCAGGUCAGCAACACUGGGCCAGACAGAGAUGGUCUGUGGUGUGGAGAGAGAUGUUGUGGAGCACGACGAGGAGCUGAAGAGAGCUCUGGCGCUCAGUAGACAGGACAUAGAUGUAGAAGAUGAGGAAGCUGAUCUACGCAGGGCCAUUCAGCUUAGCAUGCAAGGAGCUGUUUUGAGCAACACUUCAUCAGAUUCUGAAGGUGGACAUUUGAAGGUGGAGAGAGAGGCUGCAGGGGGACAAAGAGUCCAAAAUGAGGCGCUCACAGUUGAGGAGCUGAGGAAGAGGAGACAGGCUUACUUCAAUCACCAUUCAGAGGUGGACUUGUUGGUGUGUUUUGGAUCAUUGUCCUGCUGCGGAACCCAAGUUCGUUUCAGCUCGAGGCCACGAAGAGAUGUCUGGACAUUCUCCUUCAUGAUUUUUUUGGUAGACAGCAGAAUUCAUGGUUCCAUUUAUCACAGCAAGUCUUCCAGGUCCUGAAGCAGCAAAACAACCCCAGACCAUCACACUACCACCACCAUAUUUUACUGGUGGUCUGAUGUUGUUUUUCUGAAAUGUGGCGUUACUUUUACACCAGAAGUAAUGGGACACACACCUUUCAAAAAGCUUAACUUUUUUUCUUGUCAGACCAAAGAGUGGAAGACUGAAUCCAAUUGAGAUGCUGUGGCAUGACCUUAAAAAGGAGGUUCGUGCUGGAAAACCCUCCAAUGUGGCUGAAUUACAACAAUUCUGCAAAGAUGAGUGGGCCAAAAUUCCUCCACAGCGCUGUAAGAGACUCAUUGCAAGUUAUCACAAACGCUUGAUUGUUAGCUGUUGCUGCUAAGAGUGGACCAAUCAGUUAUUAGGUUUAGGGGGCAAUCACUUUUUCACAGAGGACUAUGUAGGUUUGGAUUUUUUUCUUCCUUAAUAAUAAAACGUUUCAUUUAAAAACUGCAUUUUGUGUUCAGUUGUGUUGUCGUUGACUACUAUUUAAAUUAGUUGUUUGAUCUGAAACAUUUAAGUGAGACAAACAUGCAAAAAAUAAAAAUAAAAAAUCAGGAAAGGGGCAAACAGUUUUUCACACCACUGUAUGAUUUUACACUUCUUACACUUAUUUGCCGCUUUUUUAGUUUUUUGUUUUAUAAAUGUUCUAUGUAAUGUUUUUCUUGUUACAAGCGUUUUGGAGUCCUUUUGUCAUCCAUGUGUGUGAGCUGUUGUCUGUCCAUAUUGUGAAGUUCUGUCAGAUUUCUGUCCAUUCUGGUAAAGCCAAGAGAAAACAACAGCAUUGACCUUGAUAACAGGUUAACAGGUUUCCUACCUCCAGUACAGGGGCUUGGUCUGUGCUCUGCUAAGUCACAUUCUAAGUUGAUAUCAGGGUCACCAACACGGUGCCUGCGGGCACCAGGUCACCCCAAAGGACCACAUGAGUCACCUCAGCCUGUUCUAAAAAUAGCUCAAAUGGCACCACUUACCAGUGAGAUGCAUCGCUCUUUUUUUUUUGGUUGCUAUUCUUGUUUAAAUCACACUUACAGUACAUGUGAACUGGAAAUGACAGUAUAUUAAAAAAAACACUUUAAAGAAUGUUUAAUAUAAAUGAACUCUGACCUAGUAUAGUUCAAAGGUCAGUAUUGUGUGCAUGACCAAAACAUCAUCGAUCAUACAAACAUGGUGGGAAAAAGCUAGCAGGUGCAGCAAAAAUGAGGAGAUGACUGACCCCCAAAAAGAUGGCAGAAGAAAGAAAGAAAACAUAGUUUUCACAAUGAAUGGGAGGUGUUUUUUUGCGGCAUAAUAUGGAGAGACAUUUCACAAAGUAUCACACAAGCCACUGUGCUGUUGCAGGGAAGCUCACGACGAGCAGAAGGAGCCCGCGAGUUAAAGGCAGCUUUGUGCAAACAGCAAUCAUUUUUCAUGAGACAGGUUGAAAACUCACAAAAAGCAACCAAAGCCUCAUUUAGAGCAACGCAACUAUUGAUUAAGAAAAAGAAGGCCUUUUGAGACCGGGAGGUUGUCAAAGAAGCAAUGAUGGUAAUUGCUAAAACUGUACUUGAAGACCAGAAUGGACCCGAUGUAAUCUCCACUCUCUCCGGUGUGCAACCGGGAGCAACUACAAUGGUAAGAAGAGUGGCAGCGAUGUUUUACAUGAUUUAUUAUUUGUACAAACAUGGUGCAAAGUAAUUCAUGAUUUGUGAAAAAAUGUUCGUGGCUAGCCAGCUAAAAUGGGACAUUGUGAUUUCCUAGGGCUGUUGUAGAAGCGAUCAUUUGAAAAUAUUCAGAUUGCACUUAGAGAAAAUAUAGAAAAGUGUUGCAUAUUGAUAUUUAUCUGUUUUUCUUAUUAAACCAUUGUUGAUAUUUAUUGCGAGAAAUGCUUAACAUAAUCAGUGUCUCCCCAUAGAUGAAUAUCAUUAAUUAUAAAGGUAAAUUGAGCAAAUGGACUAUUUCAGAAGUGUGAAUCAAACCGGUCGUCCUUUGCAUUAAUUGGUACCCAAGAAGUAGCUCUCGGUUUCAAAAAGGUUUGUGAACCCUGGUUUACAUGGUCAUGAAAACAACUGUACUCUAAUGACAGGCUAAGACUAUUAUCAAAUAGACACCUGCUUUGUGUAAAUGCCUGGUACUGCAUGCAGCUGAGUAACUACCAGUGAUGUCACGGUACAGGGCAAAAUAAUGUCCCGUUCGUUCUGCCGUGCACGGGACAAGCCACCUUAUGGAAAAAGCCCUUUGUGCGACGUAAUGUCCCAUUUCCCACACUGUACAUAUUUCAAGUGACCCACCGUCUGACUAAAAGCGGAUUUAAAAAAAUGCGAGGCAUUUGGCGACAGUCUAUAGGACCGGAGAGUAUAGACGACAACAGCCGCAGUGAUCUCCUCAGCUACGUGCCCGCCGGUCCCCCACCUCUUCGCCACGAUGUCGAGGUGCGGUGCACCUGUUUUUUGUUUUUUUUAACACUUCACUUCCUUAAACGGAGGAAGAUGAGUGCAUAAGUAAAGCAGCAUGCUGCCAUUGAUCAGUAGAGAUGAGAAUGGUUCGCUGCACUUCAGAUAAGAAACCGUACAAAAAUGAAAAUAAUCAUCACCCUGUUUAAACGCUUACUGUUACUUGCACCUUCCUAAAAAAAACAAACAAACCUACCUUUGUUCCCGCAGCUUGUUUUUUGUUCUUUCUAAUGAGAUAUGUUAUUAGAUAUUACACUCAUUUGCUUUGUCACCUACAGUAUAACACAAAGCUUAUAUAACUUUUAGUACAACCAGUAUGUUGGAUUGGUUUUAGCAACUUUAAUGUACACAUCAAAGUGAUCCUUUUAUUUGAAAAUUGUAUUUAUUGGAGAAUUAACUGUCAGCAGAUUGCAAUUUCAUUUCAUGCUUCAUUUUAGAACUCAUAUAAAAAUAAUAAGAAUAAUAGAGAAUUUAGAAUUAAAAUGUUUAUCUUUACACACAAAAAAAGUACAGAAAACCGGACCAACACUUUAGCCCAAAUUCUGAGGUACGGGCCAUACCGUGGGUUACCUGUACCGUUACACCCCUAGUAAUUGCACCCCCAUGUCAGUGACGGAAAAGCUUCAAAUGUGAAAAAUGCCUGAAUUGAAAAUGUUUACAAAACCCUGAUUUUGAAUCAAUU